AUCUGUCAGUGGUUGUCAGAUGGAAUGUCAGCAAAUGAAUGCUGUUCAAAUAUCAAAUAUUAUCGUGUCAUCCUAACAGGUAAAUCGCCGUAGGGUUGCUUACGAACCCCGGCGGUACUGAGUUGAAGCCAUAGGUUGAUACUGCUGGAGCCCCGUGAUGUGGUUUGGUGUGGGGGAGGAUAGCAGCUACCAGCCAGAUAAACACUCAAGCAUUGGUUUGCACAGCAGGAGUAACAUGGCGGCACAGUUAGCCAGCAGAAAUGUUGUUUCACUACCGCGAAGGUCAGAGCGGCGUCUGAUAAACGGAAUUUAACAACGAGGACACAGACGAAAGUAUUACAUCCAGGGAGACGUGGAUGAUGCUUAAAGGUUUCCUAGCAUUACCGUCUUGCAGCAAUGGCCUGGGACUCUCUGGACUGAAACCAAGACGCUGAUAUGCAUUGAGGAUGAGUGGAGUCGGUGAAAACCCAUCUGACCCUGCCAGGGCAGAGUCACGAAAACGCAAAGAAUGUUCUGCCGUACUUCUAGGACCCAGUCCAAAGCGGAAUGAGAAGCGCAAUCGUGAGCACGAGAACAAAUACAUCGAAGAGCUCGCCGAGCUGAUCUUCGCCAACUUUAACGACAUCGACAACUUCAAUGUCAAGCCUGACAAAUGUGCUAUCCUGAAGGAAACUGUGAAACAGAUCAGACAAAUAAAGGAGCAAGAAAAGGCUGCAGCCGCAAACGAGGAGGAGGUGCAGAAGGCUGAUGUCUCAUCAACAGGCCAAAGUGUGAUUGACAAAGAUGCCUUGGGACCAAUGAUGCUGGAGGCACUGGACGGCUUCUUCUUUGUGGUGAACAUGGAGGGUAACAUCGUGUUUGUGUCUGAAAAUGUGACCCAGUACCUGCGCUACAACCAGGAGGAGCUGAUGAACACUAGUGUCUACAGCGUGCUGCACGUCGGGGAUCAUGCUGAGUUCAUCAAGAACCUGCUGCCCAAAUCCCUCGUGAAUGGCGUCCCAUGGUCCAGCGAGGGUCCGAGGAGGAACAGUCACACAUUCAACUGUCGGAUGCUGGUCAAUCCCCACAGCGACAACCAGGACGAGGCGCACGAGCACGAGCCUCAGCAGCAGAAAUACGAGACCAUGCAGUGUUUCGCCGUUUCGGAGCCUAAGUCCAUCAAGGAGGAAGGAGACGACUUUCAGUCGUGCCUGAUCUGUGUGGCUCGUAGGGUGCCCAUGAAGGAAAGGCCAAUGCUUCCCACGCAUGAGAGCUUCACCACGCGCCAGGACUUGCAAGGUAAGAUAACGUCCCUAGAUACCAGUCUGCUGCGGGCGUCCAUGAAGCCGGGCUGGGAGGAUCUGGUGAGGCGCUGCAUCCAGAGGUUCCACCUACAGAACGACGGAGAGAUGUCUUUUGCCAAGAGACAUCAGCAGGAAGUUCUCCGCCAUGGCCAGGCAUUCAGUCCCAUCUACCGUUUCUCCCUCUCUGAUGGAACCAUCGUGUCAGCCCACACCAAGAGUAAACUGGUGCGCUCGCCCGCCACCAAUGAACCCCAGCUCUACAUGUCCCUACACAUUCUUCAGAGGGAGCAGACAGUAUGUGGAAUGGGCCAGGACAUGGGACCUGGCAGUCAGGCCACAGGGAUGGCUCCCAAACCGAUGAACUCCUCUACUCCCUCCAUGACUCCUCCAACCCCAGGCAGUUUGCCAGGUUCAGGGCCUCAGGGCCAAGACAUUACCAUCAGCAGCAACAGCACGCCUUUUUCCUCUCCAGGCCCUGCUGGCCCCAGAGAACCAGCAGCCAUGGGGGGCCAUAUGCAGGGCUACCGUUUUGGCUGCCCCCCACCACACAACCACACUGGGGGCAUGCAACCACCACAGCAGGGCCCCAACUGGAGGAUGAACAGCCCCUCUCGCGCUAGCCCCAGUCCAGCCGGUGGGCCUCAUCCACCUCAACAGAACUCUAUGCUGUCGCCCAGGCACCGAGGAAGUCCUGGGGUGGCAGGAAGCCCUCGUGUCGCAGGAGGCCUGCACUCACCCUCCCCAGUGGGGAUGUGUGGUGGAGGGCCUGGAGGUGCAGGUAGUAGUAGCACAACGAGCACUCAUGCUAACAGCUACACUAGCAGUUCUCUGUCAGCUCUGCAGGUCCUUAGUGAGUGCCACGGUGUAGGACACGGGCAUGGGCCCCCUCAUGCACACACAUUGGGUUCUCCUGACAACAAAAUAGGCUCCCCAACUGGGGUCACACCAGGGUCAGGGGUGAACACUCAUCUGAUGUCAAAACUUGGAGGGGGCAGUGGUACUGCUGGUGCUACAGGAGACUCAUUUGGACCUCACACAGAGGUGGGUCAGGGGCACACCCAGGGCCAGACGGACAGCAACCUAGCUGAGCCCAAGGAGGAGAGGGAAGGGCCCCCUGAUGGCCACGACACUCACAAUCGUCUUCAUGACAACAAGGGCCACACCAAGCUACUGCAACUGCUCACCACCAAGCCAGAACCUCUGGAGACGCCCCUGUCCCCUGGCACGGGAGGUGAGGGUAAGGACCAGGCAGGGAUUGGGGUACGAGGUGGCCACACUGGAGGGAACAACCAUGCCACAUCCCUUAAGGAAAAACACAAGAUCCUUCACCAACUGCUUCAGAACAGUACGUCUCCAGUAGACCUGGCCAAACUCACUGCAGAGGCCACAGGCAAAGAGAUGGGCCAAGACCAAACCCAGGGUGCUGGUGGUACAGCUUCUGGUGCAGACAUUGCUCCUAAGCAGGAGCCCUUGAGCCCCAAAAAGAAGGACAAUGCCCUGCUACGCUACCUACUGGAUAAGGAUGACACUGGACUGAAGGACAAGGUCCCUAAGCUGGAGCCUGGGGAGGUGAAAGUCGAAGGGGGCAAACACCCUAAUGUCAAGACGGAGAAACAAGACACAGGAUACGACCAGGCUGAACAGUCGUCAGAGCUGGAUGACAUCCUGAACGACCUACAGAAUGCUCAGCCGCAGCUCUUCUGUGAGCCGCGGCCUGUUUCAUUGCCCAGUCCCAUGGACAAACAGAACAUCAUCAAUGACAUCCUGCAGAUGUCAGAGACUAAUCCUGCCAUGGCAGCGCAGCAGCAACACAGGGGCAUUGGGACGGGCAUGGGCCCGACGAGCUUUGCAGGUGUCAGACCAGGUCAGCCAGGCAGGGGUCUACCUGUGAGGAGCGUGUCUCUGGACAUGAAUGUGUCCCCCCAGCAGUCCUCAUUACAGUACCCCAUAAGGGCCACUAGCCCUUACACUCUUAUGCAGCAGCAACAGCAGCAAGGAAUGGUGGGAAGUCACGGCAUGAUGGCUAACCAAGUCGGUAUAGUGAACACAGGACUGAUGGCUCCAGGUGGUCCACGGCCAGGCAUGCAGCAGCAGCAGGAGGGCUGGGUGGGUUCAGCCUCUGCGCCUCCUUUGGGAGCACCUGGUCCUGGGCAGCAAGGUCCCAUGCAGGGCAGGAUGGGGCUGAACGGUGCUCCCAUGAGGCCCAACAGCCAGCCAGGCCCCCGACAGAUGCUCCAUUCCCCAAUGAUGGCCAAUGCCCAACCUGAUAUGGAUAUUGGUAUGGUCAGCCAUCAUUUCUCCCAACAACAGGCUCCGCCCAACCAGACAGCCCCCUGGCCAGACAGCAUGAUGCCCAUCGACCAGACAGCUUUUGUAAACCAGACCAGGCCGGUGCACUCCGUGCCUCAGGAUGAACUGCUGUGUAGUACUGGGCACGGCUCUGUUGAUGGCAGUGCAGUAGACGAGGGGGCUCUGAUGUCCCAGCUGUACACUGCACUAAAAGAUUUUGAUGGCCUGGAGGAGAUUGAUCGUGCUCUGGGGAUCCCUGCUCUGGUAGAACAAAACCAAUCACUGGAGCCGGACCAGUUCUCCCAGGACCCCUCCAUGAUGAUAGACCAAAAGCCCCCCAUGUAUACACAGCAAUUUGGUCCCCCACAAUCCCACAUGACCCAAAGGGGCUACCCUGGUGCCCCCAUGCAAGAACCAGGUUUUCACCCCAUGGCUGGCCAGAUAGGUCCACGCCCGGGUUACCCCAUGAUGAGGAUGCAGGCCCGGCCGGGUCUCAGGCCCACUGGGGUCGUCCCCAAUCAGCCCAACGCACUGCGACUACAGCUCCAGCACCGGCUACAGUCACAGCAGAACCGUCAGCCAAUGAUGACUCAGAUGAGUAGUGUGUCAAAUGUGAACCUACCUCUUAGAGCCAGUGCUCCAAACCAGGGGACCAUCAAUGCUCAGAUGUUGGCACAGCAUCAGCGGCAGCUGCUGAGUAAUCACCUGAGACAGAGGCAGCAGCAGGCCCAGCAGGUCCAGCAGCAAAGGAGCAUGGCCAUGAGGGCCCAGGGCCUCAACCUGCCUCCCAACAUGGCCGCCGGAGGCAUGAGUAACCCCAGGAUGCCCCAGGCCAACCCCCAGCAGUUCCCCUACCCGCCCAGCUACGGUACCAGUACAGGCCUGGCCUCAUCACCUCCCCCUACCAGCCCCUUCUCCUCCCCUCUCUCCCCCAGCCUGCCCUCUCUCCCCCCCAACCCUCAGCUCCAUAUGCAUGGCACCUCCUCUUCCUCCACCUCCUCCUCCUCCCAGAUGAUGAUGGGAAACACAAACAUGAUGGGCGGACAGUACGGGGCAGUACUCAGCCCCCAAAUGCAGCACAGUGCCUUUCAGUUUCCCAACUCAGGUAUGAGCCAACAGGCAGACGGAGGCUUUGGAGGUCCCGGCACACCACAGAGCCCCCUGCUUUCUCCUCGCAUGGCCCACACACAGUCCCCAAUGAUGCAGCAGGGCCAAGGAAAUCCUGCUUUCCAGGGCUCCCCUGACAUGAAUGGCUGGCCACAGGGCAACAUGGGAGGCAACAGUAUGUUCUCACAGCAGCAAGCAUCACCACAGUUCACCCAGCAGAGUAACAGCAACAUGUACAACGGCAAUGGCAUGAACCUCAACAACGUCUCCAUGGCCAGCAACAUGGCAACCAGCAGCAUGGGCCAGAUGGCCGGACAGAUGAGUGUCACAUCCAUGGCCUCAGGGCCCUCACCCGGCUUGCCCUCCAUGGGGCAAGAACAGAAGUACUGUUGACCCUCAUGGAGGUCUUAACCUGAACCUCAGUGAUCAGCUGGAGCAAGGAGCGAGUCGGCCCUUUAAAAAUUGUACAAACAUGUAACCAACCGACUGCCCCCUUGGACCAGCCAGGUUGUGCCCUGACCCCGUAUCCCCAGCCCAAGUUUGCCGUCUGUCCCAGCUGGGCCUCCUCGACAGAGCCUGUCCCUGAACAGACCCAGGAGAGUGAAGAGGGCUGGGGAAGGAUGGAGGAUCUCUGUCCAACAUGCCUAACCCUCCUGGAGGAGAGCCUCGUGAUAAGCCAGUCUGUCUGCCUGUCCAGCUGCAUUCACCGUAGUGUGACUUAUUGUAGGACUCCUGGUGGGGGACACUGACCUUAGGGGGCAGCAGUGGGUGGGAUCCCUUGUUCUGAUGAAUGUAUUCCUCUCAGUGGACAGCGGCCAUUUACAAUCUCAUCUCAAAAAUGACAUACACUGAUUUUUCUUUUAUGUCCUACCUUGCUCACACAUUUGUGACAUUUCCACAUAGUUCCAAGAUGGCAGCAAAGACUCCAAGUUGUUUAAAUUUAUGGAUGGAGCUCAAACACUUAGCCGGUUUUGCCUUUUUGCUGUUCUUUAUUUUAUUAUUUUAGUUGUUGUUUUUUCUUGUUGUGAGAAUUAAGAUGUAGAAUGAAGAUAUGGUUGAAAAAACUGAUCUUGAAAAACACUGCAGAAGAAUGGUUUGAGUGGAAUGGUGAGUUGUAUGAUUAGACUAAUUUAGUCAAGAGGUUUAUAUAGUGUAUUAAAUUAAGUUUUAUUUUUCUGUAUAGAUUAAUUUAAUUAUUGUAGAUGAUACUUUAUCCUAGUAGCAACAUGAAAAAGAUUUCUAAAAGUGUGAAAGAGGCACUUUUUUUAUCAUUUUAACUGUAAUGGUUGUAUUCUUUCUGAGAAGAUUCUUCUAUUAACCUGAAUAAUGGAUUAUACUUUGGUCCUGUAGUUUCAGAAGAAGAUGUCAAAAUCAUAUAUGGUUUUAAAAUGAAUUACAGAGAUUGUACAUACCAAUAAGUAAAACAUUUUCGUUCCUAUUUAUUUUAUUCCUUAGGGUUUGGUUCCCCCGUCUGGUCACAACUGCCUCUUGAAGCGGAGCAGGGUUUUUCUUUUUCGUUUUUGUUUUAGGGACGUGGAGUGGGAGUCUUCACGUUCAGAUGUUCUGGUACGAUGCAGACGGGUGGGGGUGGGAGGGGUUGUAAGGGGGUGUGCUGUGUAUACAGUGUACAGAUUAACGCUUGCUUCUCUGCCUUUAGCAUAGAACACCACAAAAAAAAAAAAAAAAACAAAUACAAAAUUCAACACAGCCAUACAAUAACUCAAAAAAAUAACAGAAGUGUGCUUUCUAUGUUGUCUGGAGUGAAAAAUGCUUCAUACAAGCUGCUAGGUGCAAACUGUUCUGGUGUGAUGUAAACAAGCAAUAACGAUUACUUGAGAAUCUCUUUUUUUUUUUUUUUUUUUUUUUUUUUUUGUAAUUUUUGUACAGUUUCCUGAAUAAAAAGGAUACAUUUUUGCUCCACGUUUGGAUGCAGUAUUAAACACAGUUUUUUAUUGCAGUUUGUACCAAGAAAGUCUACAUCCACCCACACAGUGUUCCCAUUAGAUUAUGCAGCAUUGGCUGAGGCCUGGAGAGGGAAGUAGUUUGUGAUCCCCUUGUUGACACGCACCCUCUCUGCCUCCAGCCACUCCUCUAUAGCAGAGGUCAGAGUUAAGACUGCACGCUUCAUGAGACCUGCUCUGACAGACACUUAGCCAUAUUUUAUGACCUCAGGCAGUUCAACUAUAAAGUGUUCAGUAAUGACAUGCUAUUCUUGUGCCCCAGUAGGGGUGGGUUUGACCUCACAAGAUCUAAAGCAACUCAUCUUCUCUAACCUCAAAAGUACAUUUUUCUCAAAAACAACACUUUUUAUAUCAAACUAUUUUAACCCAGGACAAACUUGGAGCAAGCCAAAUAAUCCUCACUUUUCAAAUUGGAUUUCUGAAUUCUACCAGCUUUUAUUUUCGUAGUGAGAGACGACCUGUUGGUUAGCAUGCUUUGAGGCCCACAGAAAAUAAAUGUAUGAUGUCACUUAGCAGGGUCCUAAAGUGGAUGGUUGCAGCAUAAAACAGGAAGAAUCAUUCUGAAUGUAUUGUCAUUAAAGGCCUAUGUUGGUGACUGAUGGUGUUUAUCUCAACAUGUUGACAAGGUGGUGGUGUACACUUACACCAUGCUCUUCUCGGCAUUUAGAUAGAAAGUUUCCCGCUGUUGCUUCUUUUUGCCUCUUGUGUAAAGGAAAUUUGAAGCUGUAGCGAGUCAUCUUUGUGUCGAAAGUCUGCAUUAAUGUUUUGGUUGUCAUCAUUGCAGAUGUCCUGCAGUUGUCUUGCUGUAGGCCUACAGGAGAUCACACUUUUUUUUUGAUAAAUGCUGUUUUGAUUGUAUCAUACAGUCGCGCAGAACAAGCCUUUUUGAGUCAUUUAAAAUGAUUCACAGCCCUUUGAAAAUUUCCAAAGAUUGUCAAGAUUUUGAAAAGAUUUAAAGCCAUGUGGUAGCAAUGCAUUUUUUUUAGCAUUUAUAAUGAGGACAGGUGCAAAUAAAUGAUUUUUGCCCCUAACAAAUAUCCAGGCUUUGGACCCACUAAACGAAAAAUAUUUUUUGUUUUUAACUCAUGGUUUUAAAAAACUUUAAAUGCCCUUUUGUAUUGUCUGCCAAUUUCUUAGAGCUAAGAUGCAACCUUGAAAUGCUACAAACCCUAGCAUAAUGCCUUAGAUUUCGUCCGUUCUCCUUCUUGUACAUUACACCCCUGUCUGUAUAAAUUUGUAUAAUGACUUGUGUAUAAUAUGGGUGCAUCAUAGCUCAACUCAGUUGCUGGAGACUCAGUCCCAGUUGAACUCUCAUCAUUGCUCUCUGUUCUGUGUUGGGUUGAAGACUCUUGUUAUUUCUUUUCCCCUCCCACUGUUUGUAUGGAAAAGAUGAUACAUAUGGAUAUUGAAGCAAUAUGUAAUAUACUAUAUGGACUUUCUGAAGAAAGCUUACUGUUGUGUUUUCCCCAAAUAUUUUUUUUCUUCUGCAUUGUUCACAGGAAUCACACUGUAUACCCGCAUCCACCUUUGUACCCCUAGUGUGUGUGUGAGCGUUUUAUGCAAAAUUAGAUAUACAAGAGAAGUUAAAACCACAGUUAUGCAAGUUGUGAACUAAUAUGGCUUCGCUGAUGCUAUUUGCCUUGUAAAUAAAGAAUUAUGUUAUUGCAGUAUUUAA